CUCCCCCAAAAUCCAAGGCGUUGUGGAAUCCUAAACCCCGGGUCUACCCCCGCCGCCGCCGCCGCCGCCGCGUGCUCGCAUGGCGCUCGUCUCCACCGCCACCGUCGCGUCGUCGUCCUACCACUGCGACCUCCUCCUCUUCUCGACGGCCAGGAGGAGCUGGCGCGGGCCGAGGAGGAGCCGCGGCGCCGCGGGCGCGGGUCUGGCGGCGCUGGAGCGGGCAGGGGCCGCGGCGGCUGCCGCGAGGAGGGAGGAGGUGGUGCCUGCGGGGAAUGGCAGGAACUCGUACGAGGUGGAGUCGCUGAUCGACCGGCUGAGCAACCUGCCGCCGCGGGGCUCCAUCGCGCGCUGCCUUGAGACGGCGCGGCACCGGCUGACGCUGCAGGACUUCGCCGCCGUGUACCGGGAGUUCUCCCGCCGCGGCGACUGGCAGCGCUCGCUGCGGCUCUUCAAGUAUAUGCAGCGCCAGUCGUGGUGCCUCCCCGACGAGCACAUCCACGCCAUCGUCGUCGGCGUUCUCGGGCGCCAGGGACCCGCCCUGCUCGACAAGUGCCUCGAGGUAUUCCACGACCUCCCCGCCGAGUCCCGCACCGCGCUCUCCUACACCUCCCUCAUCGCCGCCUACGCGCGCAACGCGCUGCACGAGGAGGCUCGCGCAUUGCUCGACCAGAUGAAGACCGCGGGGGUCGCGCCCACCGCUGCCACCUACAACACCGUGCUCGCCGCCUGCGCCCGCGCCACAGACCCACCCGUCCCCUUCGACAUGCUCCUCGGCCUCUUCGCUGAGAUGCGGCACGAUGUGUCCCCCUCCGUGCGCCCCGACCUCACCACAUACAACACCCUCCUCGCCGCUGCUGCCGUACGCUCUUUGGCUGAUCAGUCUGAAAUGCUGUUGCGCACCAUGCUUGAGGCCGGCGUCUCCCCGGACACUGUGUCUUAUCACCACAUUGUGGAUGCCUUUGCCAGCGCCGGCAACCUCUCCCGUGUCGCUGAGCUGUUCUCUGAAAUGGCAUCCACAGGGCACACGCCAGAAGCUUCUGCUUAUCUGGGACUCAUGGAGGCACACACGCGUGUUGGCGCCACGGCUGAGGCAGUUGCUGUGCUGCGGCAGAUGCAGGCUGAUGGUUGCACGCCAACAGCUGCCACAUAUCGUGUACUGCUUGAUCUCUACGGAAGGCAGGGGCGGUUUGAUGGAGUGCGCGAACUCUUCCGUGAGAUGAGAACUGCUGUACCGCCAGACACAGCAACAUAUAAUGUGCUCUUCCGUGUAUUUGGGGAUGGUGGCUUCUUCAAGGAGGUGGUGGAACUCUUCCAUGAUAUGCUUCAAACUGGGGUAGAGCCUGACAUGAUUACCUGUGAAAAUGUCAUGGCUGCUUGUGGUCGUGGUGGCCUCCAUGAGGAUGCCAGAGAAGUUCUCGAAUAUAUGACCGGAGAAGGAAUGGUGCCUACGGCGGACGCCUACACUGGCCUGGUUGAAGCUCUUGGCCAUGCGGCUAUGUAUGAGGAAGCCUACGUUGCUUUCAACAUGAUGACUGAAAUCGGUAGCUUCCCAACUGUUGAGACCUACAAUGUUCUUGCAAAUGCAUAUGCUAAGGGCGGGCUGUUCCAGGAGGCUGAGGUCAUAUUUUCUCGGAUGACUAACAAUGCUGGCAUUCAGAAAAACAAGGAUUCAUUUGAUGCCCUCAUUGAAGCAUAUUGCCAGGGUGCACAAUUGGAUGAUGCAGUGAAGGCAUACAUGGAGAUGCGCAAGUCCAGGUUUAAUCCAGAUGAGCGUUCCCUUGAGGGGGUACUCAACGCCUACUGCAUAGCAGGGGUAAUAGAUGAGAGUAAAGAGCAGUUUGAAGAACUUCAAUCUAGUGUGACUGUGCCUAGCAUUAUUGCCUAUUGCAUGAUGUUGUCACUAUAUGCUAGGAACGACAGGUGGACUGAUGCAUAUGAUCUGCUGGAAGAAAUGAAAACAAAUCAUGCUAGUAGUACACAUCAAGUUAUUGCUUCCCUAGUCAAAGGGGAGUACGAUGAUAGCUCCAACUGGCAAAUGGUUGAAUAUGCCUUGGAAAACAAUACUUUGGAAGGCUGUGACUAUAGUUUACGAUUCUUUAAUGCUAUCCUUGAUGUGCUUUGGUGGUUUGGUCAGAAGGCCCGAGCUGUGAGGGUUCUUGAUCAAGCAGUAAAAUUCGGGCUCUUUCCUGAAUUAUAUCGUGACACCAAGCUGAUCUGGUCGCUAGAUGUACAUAGGAUGUCUGUCGGUGGAGCACUGGUGGCUGUGUCAGUAUGGCUCAAUAAGCUUUAUGACAGACUACAAGGAGAUGAAGAUCUUCCGCAGUUGGCUUCUGUUGUUGUAUUGAGGGGAGAAAUGGAGAAAAGCACAAUAACAAGAGGACUGCCAGCCGCAAAAGUUGUCUACUCCUUUCUAAAUGACACUCUAUCAGCGUCGUUCCAUUUUCCAAAAUGGAAUAAAGGGCGAAUUAUAUGCCUGAAGUCCCAAUUGAAAAAAUUGCAAUCAGCCAUAUAUUCAUCAAAUGGGUCUGCCACAGCUGGUUUUGUCCCCAUGACGAACUCCCAUUUGCCAUCUCCUGGUUCCAAGAUAUAUACUAGGGAGGCCCAAGUUGAUAAUGGCGCAGGCCAUUUGCCUGAGGAGCCAUUGGUAGAGGAAAAGGAGUCAGAGCUUCUUCCAUUGUGAGUUCUGGAGCUGCUGCCCUUUGCAUUUGCAGUCGUGAUGCCAUCGGUCUGAACAAUGGGAGACAGGAUGCGAGUGACAGCCAUAUUUUUAGAGUUUGGGCAUUCAGACCUUCAUCUCAGUACUAUGGAGACAGGAUGCGAGUAACAACCAUAGUCCUGCUUGCAGAGCGGGGUUUGCUUCAGUUAUAUACAUGGUGGAUACUAUCUCAGAUCCACAUCUUUGCCUGAAAUUGGCCCAUAAAUGGUGAGCCCUAGUUACUGCAGGCUUGACAACAAUGCAGAACUUCCAGUUGCAUUUCAGGAUUUAGCUCGUUGUAGGGAGGAGAAUGAGAUUAUGGAUGUUUCUCAUCUAUGUGACCGCCGUGUACACCCAGCGCAACUCUGUAAAACACGAUAGCCUCGUUAGCCUGAUAAGUGACUGCUAGUGAGACAUGUCACCUGUUAUACGUUCUGAUCCUGAAGAAAUAGUUCUUGUAGUGUGACUUUACUCUUACAAGGGACAAUUGUCACCUGAAUUUUUUUGUUGCUGUA